AUGGUAGGAGACGUGGCCCUGCUCACCCAGCUCCCCUCGGAUGCCUGGUUUGAGGGUUUCGCUCAGCGGCCAAAUGGCCAGCUCCUCAUGACGCGGCUGGACCAGCCGGAGCUGUACACAUUGGACGCCGAGGACCCGGAUGCCGAGCCGCAACUAGUGUACACAUUCGAAGAUGCGACGGCGGCAGUCAAUCUGUGCCCGAUAAAGGGCAAGCCCGACGAGUACGUCGUGAUAACCGCCAUGCUGGAUCUGGCCACCGUCUAUAUAACAGAUCACGUCAUGUGGCACGUAACGCUGAAGGACGGCCAGGACAUUAAGGUUGAGAUGAUAGCCGAGCUGGAUGCUGGAGCGGCGAUCGGAGUGAUUCCAGUUUCCGAGCGCCUGUUAUUGAUCGCCGACUCAUUUCGAGGGACUAUCCAGCGGUUUGACCUGUCAACUGGCAAAACAUCGGUGCUAGUGGACGACGACGCGCUGAAUCCUGCGACGGAAGGGCCUUAUGGGAUCAACCGAUUACGACUGACCGAUGGAUAUGUAUGGUUCACGAAUAAUGGAACCGGCACUCUGUAUCGGUUCCCUGUCAAGAUUUCAGAUAGCGACAUCGAGAUGACCGGGCCGAUCCAGCUUAUCUCGGAUGAGAUACCCCAUUGCGAUGGAUUGGCCGUUACCCCAGAUAUGAAGGAAGCAUAUACGGCAAGCUAUGUAGAUGGUUGGCUGUGGAAACUAGAUAUCGACCCAGAGAGUGGGAAGUCGGAGCUGGCCAUCGUCAUGGAGAACCUCGUAAGCCCGACGGCGGUGGAAAUCAUGGACAGCAAUGGGAAGCCCAAGAUAUUUGUGGUGUGCUGCGGCGAAGUCGAGGUCGGCUGGGUGAACUCGGCCGACAAGACGUCGUGGAGCGAGUUCCGGGAUCUAUCGGUUAAUGCGCAAGUUUCUGUCACAAUCACGGAAGAGGUGGUGGAAAGUGCAUGA